GCUACAGUCUGUUAGAAUAUGGUUACACAUACAAAGCUGCAGCCUCGUUUUAGUGAAGGUUAUUAGUUAGGAGCUCAGGUAACCACGAGCUAAGGGCAUGAUAAGGGUUAGUAAAUCAUCACUAGAGCUUAACUCACUUAAUGUGCUUUAGUGAACAGAGAGCCGUCUGUACUGAUAACUCGACUGUCAGCCCUCAUGGGGAUGAAUGAUGUGACUUGGCUAAAGGUUUCGCUGGCUGCAUGCUGAGUCAGUAAAGUGGGUUUAAAGCGUCGUCUGUGCACUCUAGUGCGCUUGCGCGUAACGAGGCUUAUUGGACGUGCGUGACGUGAUGUGUGAGACAGCUAAAGCGUUAAAGCAGACUCACUUUGUUCACAUAACACUUAAAGUUUCGCUGCGAGGGGAGAGGGGUGCAUUAGAAGGCCGAGGACAUAAAAUGGGAUCGAGAGCAGUUUGAGGAAUAGUUAAUCCUAAAUGGAGCAGCGCCCAACUCAACGAGAUUAUCAAGUUAUGCAACAGAGUCGAGCUAUUAUGCCCCCCCACGCCAACAUCACGCGAUACUGGACUUUCCCCCUUUCCAGCCUAGCUGGUAAAGCGAUACUCCUCUCCAUUCAAAUCUUCACACAACAUGUUUUAAAUGUAUUUUGGUCAUUAAAAAAUAUGUUUUAUAAGCCUCUCUCUGGGCAGUUGUACCGGGAACAGUACAGAUGAUAACCUAUCAUCGCGAUGCUUGGGAAUCGACCAUAUUGCCACGUUCCAGAGGGGCGGGGCGGGGGAGGAGGGUCGCGAGCACAAUAUGUCCACACGAUUGAAUAAGCCAUAUGGGCCUUCGCUCCCAUUGGCCGGUCCUUUCCUUUAAGCCCGCCCCCUGACGCGGCGGACGCAGCGGAUUGGUCGUGGCGGCGGUCGGUCUAGUAGUAGUGAGUGGUCCGUCAGAACUGGUUUACUCACUCCGACUCCAGCCGCCGAGCUUCUUCUGUUGUCUCUCUCUUACCUGUACUCUCUCACCUGUUCUCACUGACCUGCCCUCACUGACCUGCCCCCCUGCGAACCGGACAACAUGGCGCCAAAAAGGAGCACGAAGGGACCCGCUAAACCCCGAGAGGCAGGAAAAUCUUCGUUGGCCAACAAGAACGGGAAGAAGGCGGAUUCAGGAUGCCUCGGGGGCGGACUCUUCUCCUGGUUCAUGGUCAUCGCCCUGCUGGGAGUCUGGACCUCAGUGGCCGUGGUCUACUUUGACCUGGUGGACUACAAGGGUGUGAUGGACAAAGCCAAAGACAUUCAAAUUAACCUAUCCGAGAGUUUGCAAGGUAAACUGUCGGCCUACGACGCGGACGGAGACGGUGAUUUCGACGUGGAGGACGCCAAAGUGUUGCUCGGCCUGAAGGAGAGUGCCGUCGCCCCGGCAACGAAGAUGGAGGCUGCCGCUCCGGUGGAGCAGCCCGCUGUGGACGCCCCCGCUCCGUCAGACCAAGCUGUGAUUGAGCCGGACCCCGUGGAGGUGGAGGAGGAGAUCCAGGCGGAGGCUGCAGAGGAGGUGCUCGCCCCCCCACCAGUGCCUGAGCAGGAAGCGGAAGAGGAACCUCAGCAGGAAGUGGAGGCCCCAGAACAGGAAGUGGAGGCCCCAGCCCAGGAAGUGGAAGAUGAGCCUGAGGUGUUCGAGGAAGACCCAGAGGUGCUGGAGGAGGAGGUUCCCACAGAGGAGGAGGAGGAGGAGGAAGCUGCUGCCAUUGAGGAGGAGGUCCAAGAGGAGGAGGAAGCUGCUGCCAUAGAUGAGGCCCCUGAAGAGGCUGCUCCCAUAGAGGAGGCCCCUGAGGAGGAAGCUGCUCCCAUAGAGGAGGCCCCUGAGGAGGAAGCUGCUGCCAUAGAGGAGUAUGAGGAGGAAGCUGCUCCAGUAGAGGAGGAGUAUGAGGAGGAGGCCCCAGCAGAAGAGGAGGUGGCCCUUGAGGUUGAGGAGGUGGCCCCUGAGGUUGAGGAGGAGGUGGAGGAGCCUGCUGCUGAAGACAUCAUGGAACAGAGCCUGCCAGUUGUAGAGGAGGAGGUGCUGGCUUCACACGUAGAGGAGGUGGUGCUGGCUUCACACGUAGAGGAGGUGGUGCUGGCUUCACACGUAGAGGAGGUGCUGGCGGCUGAAGUGGAAGAGGUGCAGGCAGCUGAAGUUGAGGAGGUGCAGGCAGCUGAAGUGGAGGAGGAGGAGGUGGCUCCCUCUGACGAUGCUGUCGAGGAAGAAGAAGCCGUAGCCGACCAGCCCGAGGAGGAGGAGGAGGAGGAGGAGGAGGCGGAGGAGGCGGAGGAGGAAGAAGAAGUAGCAGCUGCAGAAGAGGUGAUGCCAGAAGAGGAGGAGCAGGAGCCAGCAGCUGAGGAGCAACUGGAGACCACUGAAGAAGAAGAAACGCCAGAAGAAGCUGAGGAGGCGGUUGAGGAGGUGGCUGCUACGGAAGAACAGAUUGAGGAGGAGGUGGCAGAAGAACAGAUUGAGGAGGAGGUGGCAGAAGAACAGAUUGAGGAGGAGGUGGCAGAAGAUCAGAUUGAGGAGGAGGUGGCAGAAGAACAGAUUGAGGAGGAGGUGGCAGAAGAUCAGAUUGAGGAGGAGGUGGAAGGAGAAGAUCAGAUGGCGGAGGAAACGGUAGAAGAACUACAGGAGGAGGAGGAGGAGGUGGCAGGAGAUGAGCCCAGAGAGAUUACAACGGAACAGAGCGAGGCAACGCCCACAGAAACGUAAGAGUCGGCUGUCGGCACGGCAACGGAGCAAGGGACCCACUGAAGUUGCGUCGUCACUCUGUCUGAGCGUGCUCAAAACGACGCUGCUCUCUCCACCUCUGGAAGACGAGAAGCGUGGCCGCGGCAACGUUCGUCACUAACCUCUCUCUUGCUCUCGUUCUCUCUUUCUCUCUUUCUCUCAUUUUCUCUGUCUCUCUGGCUCUCUUGCUCUCUCUCAUGUCUGUCCUUUGUCAGUUACUUUGACGCCUUUGUUUGAUCCCUCUUUAUCUUUUAAUUCCCACAGUCAGAUCUGGAAAACGGGACAUGUUCUGUUUCCUGUCAACUGGUCGGUCUAUUCUAGACCAGUUCAUUCCCGAUCGAUCUUUUCCAGAUCAGAUCAUUCCAGUUCUUUCUAUUCUAGGUCCACCACACUUUCUGUUCUGGAAAUUGAAAGCGGAGUUAGGAGUGUCUCCAGAACUGUUUGAGCCAGAACUAGAGACUGCUCUGGAACUCCAGCUCUAUAGAUCUAGACAUCUUAGCUCCUCCCCACAGAGGGCGCUAGAGACUUCCAGAAGUUUCCCAGCCCAGCCUACGUAGCUCUGCUCCUAGCCUAGCACCUCUCUACAGAACUUGCUAGGCCACACCCGGAGGAGCUGGCUCUGUGGGGGGCAGGAGGAGGGCUCUAUGCAACGCUACGGUGCUCUUUACCUCUCUCUCUCUCUGUCCCUCCUAGCUCGCCCAGUCUCAUAUACCACUCAGUAUCUGUUGAGCCAUACAUGCAUGGGGUUACAGGGAGGUGUGUGUGUGUGUGUGUGUGUGUGUGUGUGUGUGUGUGUGUGUGUGUGUGUGUGUGUGUGUGUGUGUGUGUGUGUGUGUGUGUGUGUGUGUGUGUGUGUGUGUGUGUGUGUGUGUGUGUGUGCCUCUAGAUGCUGUUUUCUAUUUUGACAACAUAACUAACACUCUGGAUAAAAUUUAAUGUAGAACGUGUUUUUUUAUUAUACGAUUCAGAUGUAAAUGUCACGUUUUUAGUUUACCUUGUGCUGUGAUUUGAACCACAAUAUACUAAUCAUGCAGCGAAACUCUCCUGCGUGUUAGCUAGCCUAGCUCACCUCACCUAGCCCUUCUUACUUAGCCUAGCUAGCUCUCAGCCUAGCAAAGCCAACGUGUAAUAAACUCUUCUAAGGUGUGAUUAUGUUCUGUCUUAGUUCGGGUCUCCGCCACAUUCUGCUCAUAAGACAAAACGGUGGAUGUUGUUUUGUUUUUUUUGUCAUUUGUUUGAAGCGUGUAUUUCAUGACGUCAGCCCUCUACUUGGUUUUCAGUUUUUUGUUUUCUUAAUUUUUUCAUAAUGUUUGUUAGUUUAAUAAGUUGUAGGAUAUGAGCUCACUUCCUGGAACCAUCCUGGGGUCACAUGUCUACGCUCUGUCCAAACUGGACUGUGAUUGGCCCUUUUUAGAGUCCCAGGUGGCUCUGCCUGCGAUGAUGAUGAAGAUUCCAGUAUGGUUUCCGGGGAAGUGAGCUUUGUGUUUUUAGAUUGUUUUUUUGUAAUUUUGUUUGUAACUGUACAGAUGUGCUACUCGUGACAUCACUGUGACAUCAAGCUGAGGUCACCUGACCGCCACAGGUUAAACGGAGUGGAUUCAACCGAGUGUCGACUUCUGGCAUGUUCUGAGCAGGGAGGCAGGGCUUAACACCCAUCAGUUGGUAAUCGCGUGUUGAGUGACCCUCAGCUGUGGACAACUCCAGACCUUCAUAGUAAAAGUCCUGCUGGGUUUUUCUUCACUAGACCUAUGCUUGUUGGACUCCAAAUACCAGAGAACUUUUAUUUUGACAGCCUGCAGCUUUUCACCUGUUGGUUGUUGGUUGUUUCAGGGUGUUUCCACUUAGGUCCUCAUUUCUACUUCCUGUUUGUGAGUCAAUGUGAAGUUUUCUGGUUGUUUUUUAAUAAUGAAAUAGAAUUUUUUUUUCAAAGUAUGAAAUAUUCUAGGUUUUCAAAGUGAACAGAACGGUAAAUACAGACAUACGGAUACAAUUUAUUUGAAUUUCUGGCAGUACAUAGUUUUCAAAUCAGAUAUUAUGGAAUGAAACUAUUUUCGGGGUUGGGAGGGUUACAUUUGAUACAAGCAAUACAAAAGAGACCGAGCUAGUUGAGCCCGGCCUAGUUGAGUCUUGGCUAGUUGAGACCAAAUGUCGCUGGUUCACCUGGUUGAAAUGCGUUAAGGAUACCCAACGAUGAAGAAAGUUCCAAUUGCAACUGAAGACAUGUGAUUAUGCUGACCAAUAGGAACCGAGGAUGUUUCCUUUAAUUAUACUGACCAUUAGGAUCUGAGGAGUUAUGGUCUACAAACAGAACACUACGAAUGCUAGGACGGGGAUUAAAUUAUUAAUAAUUGAUGAUACAAUCGAAGGUUGUAAAGAAGGACUUGUGUCAAAGUUCUGUUCUGGGAGUACAAAAUAAAAUGGUUUGGGACAAAUAG